AUGCAUAAAAACCCCAUACUCCCUUGGAUCGAGGCUCUCAGGCUCCGCCUGGUUUUCAGGAAUGCUGCAGAGCCCCAGCAUGCUGGAACAAUAAAACCCUUGCUGUUGCAGAAGGAGCCGCCUUGGUGUCAUUCCUCCGCGCCUCCCUGGGACAAGAACGUCAUCUACCGGCCCCGACCCAAAGGACACCCGAACCAAGAGCCCUACAUCUUGGUGUGGCAGGAUCUCUGCAAAAACCCUCCUUUCUCUGAGGACCCUGCCCGCAUAACAGAUCUAAUUACCUCUCUAAGGAACUCCCAUCAGCCUACAUGGGACAACUGCCAACAGCUGCUCUCAGUCCUCCUCACCUCUGAGGAAAAGGAGAAUAUCCUCCUGAAUGCCCGAAAGAAUGUGCCUGGCCCCGGCGGGCAACCUACCCAGCUUCCUAAUCUGAUUGAUGAAUAUUCACCUCUGACGCGCGCUGACUGGGAUCCUAAUCUGCCUGAAGGUAGGAGACACCUCGAAAUCUAUCGCCAGACUCUAGCGGCGGGUCUCAGGGCAGCAGGUCGAAAGCCCACUAAUUUGGCUAAGGUAAGAGGUAUAAUCCAGGGCCCUAUUGAAAGCCCCUCUCUAUUUCUAGAAAGGCUUCUUGAUGCCUACUGGAGGUAUACUCCCUUUGACCCUCAGUCGGAGGAACAGCAGGCGUCAAUAGCCAUGGCUUUCAUUGGACAGUCUGCAGUAGACAUAAGAAGGAAGCUGCAGGGCGCCUGGAGGCUGAAGGGAUUACAAGAAUUAACUAUUAGAGAUUUGGUUAGAGAAGCUAACAAAAUUUUAAUAAAAGGAAAAAAGAGAAAGAGGAAAGGAAGGAGAGAGAAAGAGAAAGAGAAAGGGAAGGAAAGAAAAAGAGAGGAAAAGGAAAAAGAAAGGGAUAAAAGAAGGAACAAAGAGUUGACUAAGAUCCUGGGCACAAUGGUAGAAACUGGUAGAAAAUCAGAUACUAAGACUUCAGGAAAGAUAGGGAACCUGGGCCACUCUCCUAGGCGACACCCAAACUUGGCCUCAGACCAGUGUCCCUACUGUAAAGAGCAUGAACACUGGGCUACCAACCUCCUGGCACUUGAAGAUAAUGAUUAGGGGAGACGGGGCUCGGACCCCCUCCCCGAGCUCAAGAUGAAAUUUCUAGUGGAGGGAACUCCUAUCAGUUUUGAGGUCGAUACUGGAGCUGUUUAUUCAGUCUUGCAGCAGGCCCUAGGGCCCCUCUCAUCCCAACGGGCCCUUGAGGGGGCAAACGGGAGCAGGUACCGCCCCUGGACCACCCAGCGGACAAUGGAUUUAGGGAACGGAAGGGUGCACCACUCCUUUUCGGUGCUCCCUGACUGCCCUGCCCCCCUGUUGGGGAAAGACUUGCUAACCAAAUUGCGACCCAGAAUUACCUUCACUGAUUCCGGGCCUUUGAUGGAUUUUCUUAACCCCAUCGUGGGCCUACGCGUUCGGAUAAGAAUCUUUCCCCUCCACCAACUCCGCCUGUAG